AUGGAGUGGCCCAAGGAGCUGCAAACCUUAGCCCACAACAUCCACAUCGCCAAGCUAAAGCCAUUGGAGCCUAUGAUAAACCUCACAUUCAUGACCAAUGGUGUUUCUGAAGAUGCAUUCAAGUUGAAGCUGUUCCCUUUUUCUCUGGGAGACAAAGCAUAUCAAUGGGAGAAGGCUCUUCCAAGUGACUCUGUCAGAACCUGGAAUGAGUGCAAGAGGGCAUUCCUAGAGAAGUUCUUCUCUACCUCAAGGACAGCCAAGAUCAGGAAUGAGAUCUCUAGCGUUCAGCAGAAGAACUUAGAGGGAUUUAGUGAAGCAUGGUGUAGAAACAGGCUUGAUACUGCCAGCAAUGGUUUCUUUUUGGGAAGAACUGAGGAAGAGGCAGAGGAACUGUUAGAGAACAUGGCCAAGAGUGACUCAGUCUACAAUGAGGAACAUGAUAGGAUCAACAAAAGUGAUGAUCAACAGACAAAAAAAGAGAUCAAGUCCUUACAAGACAAGAUGGAUUUGCUUCUUUCCAACCAAGCUAAACAGGAGCAGAUGAACUUUGUGGGUGGUCCUAGUCAAGAGGUUCCUCCUAAGAUCAAUGAGGUUGAUGGUUUAGAAGGCCAAGAGGAGCUGUGCUUCAUCAAUGCUAAUGGCACAUGGUACAGGAAAGAGCCCAAUUUUCAGUACCAAAACAACUAUCAGCAAAAGCCUUACUACAACAAUCAGCAAGGAGGUUAUCAAGCCAAGCAGAACUAUCCUCAAGCCAACCAGUCUCCUCAGACUCAAGGAAGCUUUUCUCAAGCUCAAGCUCCAGAUUCAAGUGUGGAUUCUAUGUUCAAGCAACUCUUGGAAUUUCAGUCCAGAAAUGAGAAGACCAUGAUUUAUGAGUUCAAGAACAUCCAUGCAAAGAUUGAUGGGAACUAUUCUGACCUCAACAACAAGUACAUGCAACUUGCCUCUCAUCUCAAGGCUUUGGAGAGUCAAGUUACUUCUAUGCCUUCAUCCUCCAAGCAGCCAAUGGGGUCUCUACCAGGGAAACCAGAAAUGAACCCCAAGGAGUCUUGCAAUGUUGUCUUCUCCACUACUUCUUCAAAGAUUGAGCUAAGUGAUCAUGAGAAACAGGAGGAUGAGAUUGAAAGACUGGUAUUUGGAACUGAGUUUGGGGAAGUUGAGAGAUUUGUUGUGACCACAGCUGAAGCACAGAUUGUGAAGGACGCUGCCAGGAAGGUUGAAGCAACGAAUCUGCAAAAAGCUGAGCACAAGGCUGAGAAACAAGUUGAGAAGAGAGCUGGCAACAAGCUAAAAGAGGUUAAGCUAGAGGAAGCCACUGAGAUUGAGCUAUCACCCUAUGAUAAGCUCCCUUUCCCCCAAAGAGCUCUCACCAAAGCUCAGAAGAAGGGGCUGUCCAAGUUCAGGAAAGAUCUUAGUGAUGUUGGGGUCAGGCUUCCAGAAAUCUCGGGUAUGCGUGAAGCUCAUGUCCAGAUGAUGCUCAUGAAGGACAUUCUAGACCACCAAGCUGAAGUGGGCGAGCUUUUGGACAUCUCCAUUCUGAAGAUUGAACCACCAAUCCCUCCAAAGUCCCUCCCUAAGCUUGAGUUUCAAGGGAUGUUCACCUUGUCUUGCUACCUUGGGAUUGAGAGCAUGGAGCCAAACACAUCUUCCCUACAGUUUGGAGAUUCCUCUUCUACAACCCCUACUGGUCUCAUCAAGGACUUCCCUUUGAAGAUUGGAGCAUGCACCAUUCUUAUAGAACUCACUGUUCUGAAGAUGGCAACUGAGAAGAGAGUCCCAUUGAUCUUUGACACUCCAUUCCUCACAACAGUGGGAGCUUGUAUAGACUUUGCCAACAAGAAGUUCGACUCCCCGCUCUCGGAGCGACCCGCUGUCCUCUUGUUCCGCGGUAGUCGCUCUCCAACUGCUGAAGAUCAAGCCGCUUCCUUGCCUGGGUGA